UCAGAUCUGCAGUUUAUAAAAUAGGAGCUACGCUGCAAGAUGGCUGUUGAUGAAGAUCUGGAAGCUCUCAACUCUCUGGAAAAGGAGGCAUCCGAGUUUACAAAGGACGCAGAGAUCGAUCGCAUAAGAAAUGCAUUCCAAUUAGAUGCAUAUUCCGUCCUCGACCUCCAACCCGGCGUCCCAGACUCCGACAUCAAGAUCCAGUACCGCAAGAAAUCCCUGCUCAUACACCCGGACAAAACCUCCAAUCCCCUCGCCCCCGAUGCCUUCGACCGUCUCAAAAAAGCCCAAACCGCCCUCCUAGACGAAAAAGCCCGCGCCCAGCUUGACGAAUGCAUAGCCGACGCGCGACGCCUUCUCAUCCGCGAAAAGAAGUACGAUCUGGAUUCUCCGGAGCUGAAGACGGAAGAGUUCAAAAAGGAAUGGCGUAAAAAGACCGUUCAGGUGCUGCUGGAGGACGAGGCGAGGCGGAGGAGGCAGUUGAAGGCAAAAUUGCAGGAGGAAGGCAGGGAGAAGAGGAAGGAGGAGGAGGAGAUCGAGGCGAGGAAGAGGAAGAGAGAGGAGGAGAAGGCAUGGGAAGAAAGCAGGGAUGAUAGGAUUGGGAGCUGGAGGGACUGGCAGAAGACUAAGAAGGGCAAGGGGGAUAAGGAGGGUGGAAAGAAGAAGAAGAAAAUGAAGGUCCUGGGUUGAUUGACCGGGAACUGGGAGUUCGAUUGGUAUACAAUUUGUUACUUGGUUGGGUUUAUUCGGCGUUUGAUAUAUGGGUGGCGCUGGCGAAGAGCGGGUUGUUGCAAUGUCUCAGUGAUCUUCGGUGCAUGGCUUCCAGGCGGCUCGGCUGCAGUUUGAAGUUUAACGCUUUGAAAAGGCCGGUUCUGCAUUAUAACUAAUUCAAAGCUACAAAUUCCUCCUUACGGGUAUUGCACAGCAUUGAAACGGUAUGUAUAGAAUGCAUACAUCAGUCCCAGACAUCA